AUGAGCACUGUCGCUGCCGUCACAAAUAUGAUGGCCGUGGCUCUGAGCAGCGGCGCAACCGGCGUCGCAGCAACAGACAGAUCAUGUGGCGUUUGUGUAGCCGUGGUGGUCCAAGGCAAGGGACAGCAUCGCUGCUCCGGGUCCUUUUUCGGUGGCGGCGAUAGUCCCUCGGACGACACUGGCGAUGACGAUUUAAAUGGCAGCAAUGACUACGGCUAA